GGCCGCUGUCAGGUGUCGCUGCCGGCAGGUUCGGCUGCGCGAACCGAGGGAGGCGGGAAUCGACAGUAGCCUUCCUUGAAGAAGUGCCUCUUCUCCUUGCUGCCUGGAGUUAACAUUGUUUCCUGUUGGCAGAAUCCGUGGCAUGCCAGCACUAGCGGGAUGAGUGGGUGUUCCGGUGGGGAUGUGGUCCUUGACGGCCAAUGAGGACGAGAGCACUACAGCCCACUUCUUCCUCGGAGCUGGAGAUGAGGGCUUGGGCACCUGUGGAAUAGGCAUGAAGACAGAAGAGAGUGACAGUGAACUCCUUGAGGACGAGGAGGAUGAGGUGCCUCCAGAACCUCAAAUUAUUGUUGGCAUCUGUGCCAUGACCAAGAAAUCCAAGUCCAAGCCAAUGACCCAAAUCCUAGAGCGACUCUGCAGAUUUGACUACCUGACCGUUGUCAUCCUGGGAGAAGACGUGAUUCUAAAUGAACCUGUGGAGAACUGGCCGUCCUGCCACUGUCUCAUCUCUUUCCACUCCAAAGGCUUUCCUCUCGACAAAGCUGUUGCUUACUCCAAGCUUCGAAACCCCUUCCUUAUCAAUGAUCUGGCCAUGCAGUAUUACAUCCAAGAUAGGAGGGAGGUGUACCGGAUCCUACAGGAGGAGGGUAUUGAUCUGCCACGAUACGCUGUCCUCAACCGUGACCCCGCCUGUCCUGAGGAGUGCAACCUGAUAGAAGGUGAAGACCAGGUGGAGGUUAAUGGAGCUGUUUUUCCCAAGCCCUUUGUGGAGAAGCCAGUGAGUGCAGAGGACCACAAUGUUUACAUCUACUACCCCAGCUCCGCUGGAGGAGGAAGCCAGCGCCUCUUUCGUAAGAUCGGCAGCCGGAGCAGCGUAUAUUCUCCCGAGAGCAGUGUCCGGAAGACGGGAUCGUACAUCUAUGAGGAGUUCAUGCCCACAGAUGGCACGGACGUUAAGGUGUACACAGUGGGGCCAGAUUAUGCCCAUGCCGAAGCUAGAAAGUCUCCGGCUUUGGAUGGGAAGGUUGAACGAGACAGUGAGGGGAAAGAGGUUCGAUAUCCAGUCAUGUUGACCGCCAUGGAAAAGCUGGUGGCCAGGAAAGUCUGUGUAGCUUUUAAGCAAACAGUUUGUGGAUUUGACCUUCUUCGUGCCAAUGGUCAUUCUUUUGUGUGUGAUGUCAAUGGCUUUAGCUUUGUCAAGAACUCGAUGAAGUACUAUGAUGAUUGUGCCAAGAUUCUGGGGAAUACAAUUAUGCGGGAGCUUGCCCCCCAGUUCCAGAUACCAUGGUCCAUCCCCACAGAAGCCGAGGACAUUCCCAUUGUCCCUACCACAUCCGGCACGAUGAUGGAACUCCGUUGUGUUAUUGCAAUCAUCCGUCACGGAGACAGAACCCCAAAGCAGAAGAUGAAGAUGGAGGUGACACACCCGAGGUUUUUUGCUCUAUUUGAAAAACAUGGUGGAUAUAAGACGGGAAAAUUAAAACUUAAGCGGCCGGAGCAGCUCCAGGAGGUGCUGGACAUUACAAGGCUGCUGUUGGCUGAGCUGGAGAAGGAACCAGGAGCUGAGAUUGAGGAGAAGACUGGAAAGCUUGAGCAGCUGAAGUCCGUGCUGGAGAUGUAUGGCCACUUCUCAGGUAUUAAUCGGAAGGUGCAGUUGACCUACUACCCCCACGGAGUGAAAGCGUCGAACGAGGCACAAGAUCUGCAGAGAGAGCCACUGGCACCAUCUCUCUUACUGGUGCUGAAGUGGGGUGGAGAGCUGACACCUGAUGGCCGUGUUCAGGCCGAGGAGCUGGGGCGAGCUUUCCGUUGCAUGUAUCCUGGAGGCCAGGGUGACUAUGCUGGCUUCCCCGGAUGUGGGCUGCUUCGGCUCCAUAGCACUUUCCGUCAUGACCUCAAGAUCUACGCCUCUGACGAGGGUCGUGUCCAGAUGACUGCUGCUGCAUUUGCAAAGGGCCUCCUAGCUCUAGAAGGGGAGCUUACACCCAUUUUGGUGCAAAUGGUGAAGAGUGCCAACAUGAAUGGCCUGCUGGACAGCGAUGGGGACUCCCUGAGCAGCUGCCAGCACCGCGUCAAGGCUCGGCUGCACCACAUUUUGCAGCAGGAUGCACCCUUUGGCCCUGAGGACUAUGACCAGCUGGCUCCAACUGGAAGUACUUCUCUGCUCAACUCCAUGUCUGUAAUCCAGAAUCCUGUGAAAGUCUGUGAUCAGGUAUUUGCCCUGAUUGAAAACCUUACCCACCAGAUUCGAGAACGGAUGCAGGACCCCAGCUCUGUAGACCUGCAGCUCUACCACAGUGAGACACUGGAGCUAAUGCUACAGCGUUGGAGCAAACUAGAGCGUGACUUUCGACAAAAGAGCGGGCGCUAUGAUAUCAGUAAGAUCCCGGAUAUCUAUGACUGUGUCAAGUAUGAUGUACAACACAAUGGGAGUCUGGGACUUCAAGGCACAGCCGAGUUGCUACGUCUUUCAAAAGCUCUGGCCGAUGUGGUCAUUCCCCAGGAGUAUGGGAUCAGUAGAGAGGAGAAAGUGGAGAUUGCUGUGGGCUUCUGUCUUCCACUGCUGCGGAAAAUCCUACUUGACCUUCAGAGAACUCACGAGGAUGAGUCUGUCAACAAGCUGCAUCCCCUGUACUCUCGUGGAGUUCUCUCCCCAGGCCGCCAUGUUAGAACCCGGCUCUAUUUCACCAGUGAGAGUCACGUUCACUCCCUACUCAGUGUCUUCCGCUAUGGGGGACUUCUUGAUGAGACCCAGGAUGCACAGUGGCAGCGAGCUUUGGCUUAUCUUAGUGCCAUCUCAGAGCUCAACUACAUGACCCAGAUUGUUAUCAUGCUUUAUGAGGACAACACUCGGGACCCCUUGUCAGAGGAGCGGUUCCAUGUGGAGCUACAUUUCAGCCCUGGAGUGAAAGGAGUUGAGGAAGGCAGUGCCCCAGCUGGCUGUGGAUUCCGUCCAGCCUCUUCUGAGAAUGAGGAGAUGAAAGCAGAUCCAGGCAGCAUAGAGAACCUGUGCCCUGGGAAGACGGCAGAUGAGCCAGAUCGGGCACUGCAGACCUCACCCCAACCUGUGGAGGGCACUGGCCUCCCGAGGAGAUCACCCCUCAUUCGGAAUCGAAAAGCUGGCUCCAUGGAGGUGCUGUCUGAAACUUCGUCUUCAAGACCGGGUGGCUACCGGCUGUUUUCGUCUUCACGGCCUCCAACAGAGGUGAAACAGAGCGGCCUGGGCUCACAGUGCACAGGGCUGUUCAGCACCACGGUGCUGGGCGGCUCCUCCAGUGCUCCGAAUCUUCAGGACUACGCCCGCACCCAUGGCAAAAAGCUCCCGCCUGCCAGCCUAAAACACCGAGAUGAGCUCUUGUUUGUCCCGGCCGUAAAACGAUUUUCUGUGUCGUUUGCAAAGCAUCCGACUAACGAGCUGCUGGAUGACCAGCACCCUGUGGUCCGGCUGCUGCGCACUCUUUCCUCUGACUGCCCAAGGGGCUGGCCAGUCUCCUUGGAUGCCACGCUGGCGCACCACCUGCACCAGUGCUCCUACCACCUGCGCCUCUUCCGGAACUGGCUGCGCUCAGGCCAGGAUGACCCCGAGUGCCUCUACGGAUUUGAAGGGUGCUCCAUGGUACCUACCAUCUACCCUCUGGAAACACUGCAUAAUGCCCUUUCCUUGCGCCAAGUGAGUGAAUUCUUGACUAAAGUCUGCCAACGCCACACUGAUGCCCACGCACAGGCAUCUGCAGCCCUCUUUGACUCUAUGCACAACCACCAGGCCUCAGAUAGCACGUUCUCCCCACCCCGCACUCUUCAUUCGCCACCCCUGCAACUUCGGCAUCGGUCUGAAAAGCCACCUUGGUACAGCAGUGGGCCUUCCAGCACCGUGUCCAGUGCUGGCCCUUCCUCUCCUACUACAGUAGAUGGAAAUUCACAUUUUGGCUUCAGUGGUCAAUCCUCUGUAAAUACACAUAUGACUGAAGAAAAGCAAGGCCUUGGGCUGCUCCAGGAAACUCCUGGAGCUGGAACACCAGAGUUCCACAUAGAAAGACAGCAAGAGCUUGCUGAACCAACUCAGUCUUCUCAAGAGCUACCUGUGGAAAUCUGCCCUUUGGGAAGUCAUGAUGUUACUGAGGUCUGCCAGACAUGCCAGGAGGUCUUAGACAUUGUCCAGCCAUGCCAUGACAUCCUUGGGGGGAUUGGCCAGCCUAACCAGGAGGUCCCAGAUAUCAGCCAGCUGUUGCUAAAGAACCAUGACACUACUACCAACACAAGCCAGCCAUCCCAGGACAGCCAGCUGUCGUCUCAGAAAGUUUAUGAGGAAAUUUGCCAGCUUUGUCAAGACAACCCUGAGGAGAGUAAUCAGCUAUGCCAGGAAGUCUCAGUAGAGCUGGACAGGAUAGUCCAUGGAUUCCCUGUAAGCAUUAGUAGCACGGCCCAGGAAACCCUUAUGGAAAUUGGCAGGCCAACCCAAGAGAUUCCUGAAGAUCCAUACCUGGAGUUCUCUGAGAAGGUUGGCAUGCUAGCUCGGAAGGCCCCUGCCACUGAUGAGGUAUCUCAAGACAUCCCUGAGGCUGACAAACCAUCCCAAGAGCUCUCUGAGGAGACUGAUCUGCAGGCUCAGGAGGUCUCUGAGGAGAUUGAUCAGGAGGAGUCUGAGGUAGUCUCUGAGGUGGUUGAUGAGCUGCCUACUGAGGAUAUCUCUUAAGUUCAAUAUCUGUCUAGUGAUGUAAACGCUGAAAGCCAGUCUCUGACCCAUGACCAGCACUCACCAUGUGACUACUCAUCUUGUCAUUGGGGUCCCACUCUACCAGCUAUUUGAGCCAGCAGCCUUUCUGUUGGCUAAUACACAGCAAGAGCCCCAAGCAAGGUUGGGCUCAUACCAGCAGUGUCUGAGGAAGUAGGCCUUGUGGCACGAAACAUACUUCUGCCAAAGGAGGAGACAUUUAUGUUCAAAGAAGUUGGCUCUUCACUUAGCCAUGGAGUGGGAAAUCCUAGAUUGUUGAAAGAAAUGCUACUUAACUGCUGAAGGUACCAUGUUGAGGGGACAGCAAAUAUAAUAUGGAAGGUGACAGGGUCUCUACUUGUUGACUGAAAUAUUCACAACUUUUUAAGGUACCCUCAGUCCAUGUGUGCAUUCAAGGAAACUCUUCACUAUCACAGGCUAGCUCAGGGGAACCACCUGAAAUGUCUGGAAAAUAGAGUUCCAUUCUCAAAAACCUCUGUCAUGGCCACUCCUGGUUUACACUGAGCUUGUGGGUGUUUCCAUGUAAUUGCCAAGAGCUCUCCCUGCCUUGUCCUUCUCCUGUGGACAUCAGCUCUAGAGAAAAAUAGAUAUUAGAUUGCCAUGCAACUGCAGAGUGACUGCUUAGGAUGCUCUGGGAAAUUUGCAUCAAUCUAUGAAGCCAGGCCUUCUUUUGUUGUGGGGCUAUUGGGCUUAGAAGAUGCUGUAAUAGAGAGAAUCAAGUUCUAUUUUAAACAAUUAGCAGAAAUCAAUGUUGUACAGAUAUGAGCAAAGAUUUAAUAUAUAUAUAUAUAUAUAAACAUAUAUAUUUCUGUAGUUUGCCAGGGACAGACUGGCCAAAGAUCAAACACUCCAGGGUCCCCAAGAGGUUUGUCCUUAUAUCAUGUGUCUUUAUGACCAUAUGUGAUUACCAAGCUUUUCCCAAAGAUCCAAGGAUGGGAGUGGGUGUGGGUAAUUCAGUCAUUGGAGGGGGGGGGGCAGAACAUGACAAGUGCUCAAUAAAUACAAAAUAAUGAGAACAAGGGGGUGUGAUGCCUUUGUGAACUUAAUGAAUAUGCAAGUCAAUUGUGUCUGUGACUGAACCAAUAAAAAACUACUGCAGAUAAACAGGGAUGGGCUUUC